CCCAUUGAAGCCGCAGCUGGCAAGAAAUAACUCGUAACAAGGUCGAUGAAAGGGCUGCGGCUAUAUCCUAUCUCUUUCGGCACUGUAACCCGGAUUUCAACGCAGAGCAAGAUUAAAGCCUCACUCCACGGCCAUUGUCGCCUGCGGAUAUCUUGGUGUCGAUUGAGGACAACAUGCGCCCUAUGACCGACGCGUCACCAUCAGCAGAGGACCGACUCAACGAGUUGCUGUUGAGGACGAGUCAAAGGCAUAUGCAGUCUAGAUGCUGGUACCCACGGUCGAUGCUAUUCAGACCGAGGUCCGGAGUAUUGAAAAUACUCGUAUUCGUACUUGGAGUCGAGUUCUUUCGUACACCAGCGGCUCUCCGACGCUCGCUCUCAUCUUCCUCCAAUGAUCCCCAGGCUUGCGGCAAAGACGGCACGAUUUCCUCUCUUCAGAUUCAAUCUUUUUGAACUUCGACUCGGUAAAUGUGUGCUUUGACCCCGCCAUUUUCCCUCCGUCAUUGGUCCUCUGUUUGUUGCGCCAGAUACGGUGGGGAUGUACUCCGUACAUGGCCUGCUACUUGUCUGUAGCCAGCAUGUCUCGCAUGCCGACACGCCCUUAAUGGCCUACGACUGCAGUCUUCCUUUAUUUCUUCAAUUUUGACCACACAUGAAGACGUGCAGCUGUACUGGAGGCUACUGAUGAACGCUGAAACAUGCCUAUGACUACCAUAUAACCGUGCUCACUCUCUUUGCCUUUCCCUCUCAUUCAAUCCAGCAUAUAUAGGAGGGAUGACUCGGACAAACGAUAGCAAUCACCGCGAUCCUACCUUUGCAUUUGAGCGCACUUUGAGACCUACAUAUGGCUGCCAACAGCCCCGAGAAGAUUUCAGCUUUGCUACAGACGUCAGCCAAUCCAGGCACACCGGAGUAUAAUGGAAAAGAGGCUGGAAAGGAAUACGAUGUACCGUCCGACGUGAGGUCGGUACACACGACUCAUUCAACGGCUCCAAGCGAACAAUCAACAGUCGGAGAAAGUCAGGAUAUUGAAAUCGCAGAUGAUGUCUUACAAAGGACCAUCACCCCGAAAAGUCCUCUCGUCAAGGUCCCUCGGUCGAAACGACGGGGGCUUUUUUCGCGGUUCGCCAUUGUCGCCGAAGUCACCCAGCCGUUCGACUACAAGGAUUCGACGAAAUGGUUCAUCACUUUCAUUGUCGCAGUUGCGGCCGCAGCUGCCCCCAUCGGAAGUUCUAUCAUUUUGCCAACUCUUGAAGACGUUGCUAAAGAUCUCCAUUCGACGCCUACCACGACUAACUUAUCCGUCGCUCUGUACAUGCUCAGUAUGGCCAUUUUCCCGCUCUGGUGGUCGAUGUUCUCGGAGUUAUUUGGACGGCGGUCAGUUUAUAUCGUCUCUUUUGCGCUUUUCGUUCUCUUUGCUGUUAUUAGUGCCGAAUCUCAGUCGAUAGGAAUGUUAGUUGGUAUGCGCAUGCUUUCCGGAGGAGCUGCUGCUUCUGUCCAAGCCGUAGGUGCAGGAACCAUCGCCGACAUUUGGGAGUCGAGAGAAAGGGGACGAGCCAUGGGCACGUUCUAUCUGGGCCCUCUUUGCGGUCCCUUGGCGGCACCCAUUGUGGGCGGUGUCCUCGGGCAGCAUUGGGAUUGGAGAGCUACUCAAUGGGCGCUUGUAAUCUACGGGGUUUUGGCCUGGGUUUUGCUGUUCUUCGGCCUCCCAGAAACCCUCAGAGCAACGAAGGAUAUCGUUGACGAAGCCGCAAAUGAGACUACCUCGUCUAUGAGUGAUCGGUCUGGGGCGCCCUUGAGCCGGACAUCGACCCGCGAGGCUGUCCAGCAAAGCAGCCAAAAGUACCUGAAAGUGCUAAAAAUGUUGCUCGUUGACCCACUUCAGGUCAUCUUGUACAUCAGGUUCAUGCCGGUUCUACUGACGGUUUACUAUUCGGCCAUUACUUUCGGCUCGCUUUACGUGUUGAACAUCAGUGUCCAGUAUACCUUUGAGAGGCCGCCUUAUCAAUUCUCAACCAUUAUCAUUGGGUUGCUCUACAUUCCGAAUUCAAUUGGGUACAUCCUUGCAAGCGUCUUUGGCGGUAGGUGGAUGGACUCCAUUAUGAAACGGGAGGCGUUGAAGGCACGCCGGAUAGACGAGAGAGGCAAACUGAUCUUUCAUCCGGAGGAUCGCAUGCGAGAGAACGCGUGGCUUGGUGCCCUGCUCUAUCCUGUUGCCUUGGUCUGGUACGGCUGGACGGCUGAGAAAGGGGUGCUUUGGAUCGUUCCCAUGAUUGCGAACUUCUUCUACGGCGUUGGCUCCAUGCUUAUUUUUGCCAUGUCGACCACUAUGUUGACGGAAUUCAUGCCACGACGAUCAUCUUCGGGCGUCGCCUUGAACAAUUUUUGCCGAAAUAUCCUGUCGUGUGUUGGUGCAAUCGUUGGUGCCCCCGUCAUCUCGGGCAUUGGCAAUGGCUGGCUUUUUACUAUUUUGGGAAUCUGGACACUGUCCAGCGCAUCCGUGAUAUGGGCGAUGAAACGAUUCGGGCCUCGAUGGCGAGAGAAAAUGGAUAGAGAACUCGACUGAACGAAUGACGAUGAUGAAUACAAUUGUUGUAGACUGCGGUUCUCGGUAUGCAUUCUCGGAUAGAAUAAUAGAGUAAUGCACGUGAUGAAACGCCCUUUGCCGACUGUGAGAUCAACGAAGUCCGCUCUGCACGAUAAAGGUCAAUAACGAAUCAUAUAGAAAUCUGGUUGAAAGUGAGGCGACGAUAGAGAUGAACGAAGGGAAGAGAAGAGCCAACGAGAUACGAGUACGAGGGACUACGG